UUCUGCUCGGAAGGUUCCGCUGGGAAGCCGCUUUUUUGCCUGCCCCGACUCGUCGAGAACUGCACAGACUCGUUCUCGUGUGCUAUAGUUAAAAAUGGCGUCUGAUUCCGAAAACGACUCGUCGGGUGAGGAGGAAGUGGCACCGGCGAGGAGGACCAGAAGCACCCGUGCUAGUCGCGCCGGCAAGAAUUCGUCACCGUCGCCCUCGAAGCCGAGAGGAAGAGGCCGUGGAGGCGGCCGAAGAGGCAAAGGUCGCGGUCGAGGAAAGGCGGCAAAGCCGGAGACGGAGAGCGAGGAAGAAGCCAGCGAUUCUGAUAACAACAAAGCGAACGGCGUAGACGAGGACGUCAACAACAUUGCCGAGAAAGAAGAGGAGGCAGAAGCCUUCAAAGAAGAGGUGGUUAAAGAAGUAGAGCCAGAGGUGCAAGAAGAAAGCUCUUCAGAUUCAGACCAAAAGCCGGCCGAGAGUCCCGAGCAGGAGUCUGCCGAGGAGGAAAUUGUAAAAGAGGAAGUACCAAAGUUUCAGGAAGAGCUUCCUGCCCCAGUCGUUGCGCAACCAAAAGAGGAACCCAUGGAAACUGACGAGAACAACACAUCUCCCGAGGUGCAACAGCAGCCUGAAGUUGCAGUUGCUGUUAAAGAGGAGUUGGUUGAAGAGGCCAAGGAAGAUAAAGGAGAGAAGAGGAAGCGUAGGGGAUUCUCCGACACUCCACCUGACGAUGUGGAGCAACCACCUAAAAAGAGCAAAGAGAUCAAUGGUGAUUCCAUCAAAGAAGAAGAAAGGAAGAAACGGCUGCCGGAGCUCGAAAAGUACUGGAAGGCUGUCAAAGAUGACAGCGCAGAUUUCACAGGCUGGACUUAUUUGCUGCAAUAUGUGGAUCAAGAGUCUGACGCAGAAGCUGCUCGUGAAGCCUACAACGCAUUCCUCAGUCUUUACCCCUACUGCUACGGAUACUGGCGCAAGUACGCCGACUACGAAAAGAAAAAGGGAGAAGCAAGUCUCAGCGACAAGGUUUUUGAAAGAGGUCUCAAGGCCAUCCCGUUAAGCGUCGAUCUGUGGCUGCACUUCCUCAACCACUGCAAGACCAACGAGGCCAACGACGCUGAAUCCAUCCGUGCGCAGUACGAGCGGGCUCUCAAAACAUGUGGAAUGGAGUUCAGGUCCGACAGACUAUGGGAAAGCUACCUGAAAUGGGAGGCGGAGCAGAAGAACUGGCCGAAUAUGCUGUCCAUCUAUGACAGGCUUCUUUCAACCCCAACACAAGGCUACACGGCUCACUUUGACAGUUUUGAGGCCUUUGCCAAGGAACACCUGCCACAAAAACUGCUGUCUGUGGACGAGUUUUUGGAGCUGAGGAAGGAGUGGCUUUUGGAAAGGAGAGGAGAUGAUGGUGACAAUAUUGAGGAGAGACAGAAGGAGGAGGUCACUGCCCUGAGAGAUAGGGUUAUUGAGCUGAGGAAGGCUGUUCACAAGGCCACAGUUAAAUCAGUUGCUGACAGAUGGGUUUACGAGGAAGCUAUCAAAAGACCGUAUUUCCACGUGAAACCUUUGGAGAAAGGUCAGUUGAAGAACUGGAAGGACUACUUAGAUUAUGAAAUUGAGCAGGGUGAUAGACAGAGGAUCAUCGUCUUGUUCGAGAGGUGCUUGAUAGCUUGUGCUCUCUACGACGAGUAUUGGAUUAAGUUUUUGGAUUACCUGGAAGGUCAGAAGGACGAUGGUCUCAUUGACAAAAUCAGCAACGUGUACAACAGAGCUUGCACAAUUCAUCACCCCAAAAAACCAGCUUUGCAGUUGAGGUGGGCUGCAUUUGAAGAAGGAAGAGGUCACCUUGACAGUGCUUGUGAAAUUCUUGAAGGCUUGGACAAACGCCUGCCCAACACACUCCAAGUCGCCUACCAGCGCAUCAACCUGGAGAGACGUCGUGGCUGCCUGGACAAAGUCUCAUCCCUGUACGAAGGGUACAUCAGUAGCUACAAAAACGUGACCAUUGCGAGCGCCUUGUCCGUCAAAUACGCCCGCUUCCUGUGCAAGUUCAAGAAUGACGCCGACGCCGCUCAGGCUGUCCUGGUCAAGGCAAUGGAAAAGGACAGAAAUAGCAGCCGCCUUUUCCUCAACCUUAUCGACAUUCACCUCCAAAAGUCACAUGUUGACGUCACCUCUAUCGUUGCCAUUUUCGACCGAUUCCUCCAGUUACCUGACGCACCCGCCCAGCAGAAACACGUGUUUGCUCAGAGGAAGCUUGAGUUCCUUGAAGAUUUCGGACCAGACGUUGCUUCGGUCUUCAAGGCCAAGGAGGAGGUGUCAAAUUGGCACAAGGCGGCCAAGGACGCCAAGAAGGAGACAAAGGAGGACGGAACGUCCAAAGACGGCUCUGGCCAACCCGUCAAAAAGGCAAAGACCGAGUACAGCAGUCAAACUGCUGCCGGAUAUGGAGGGCAGCAACCCUACAAUUACCAAGGCUACCAACAGGGAGGCUACUACGGUCAGGGUGACUACUACAAUUGGCAGCAGUAUGGAGGAUAUGCGGGAGGUCAGAACUGGGGCGGUGGAGGAGGAGGAGGCAAUUACAACUAUUACUAAUUACGCUACCGCCAUUCCCCUGCAUUUUAAUUGUCUAUUCAAUCCAUUUUAGGUGUAUUCAAUAAAGAGCUGAUAUGAGUUUGUCUAAAAAAGAA